AUGGCGGCGAGCGGCUCCGCAAACGCCAGACCCGUCCUUACCCACUUCCUGGCAAUCCCGCUUGUGCCCUCGUCGCCAGCAUCCCCGGUCCGCACACAGCUGUCCCGGGCCCUGUCCGCCUUCCGAGAUGAGGUCACCACGGGCUAUGCGGUCCCACCGGACGCCGUGCGGCCGCUGGGCACGCUGCACCUGACCCUGGGCGUCAUGGCGCUCGGCGGUAACAACGGCGGCGAUCUGGCCAGGGCCGUUGCGCUGUUGAGGAUCAUGAAGCCGCGUGAGAUGCUGGCCGAGGCCGCAGGGAAGGGAGACGAGGUGGACGCGGGCGGCGCCGGUCUGGCGAUAUCUCUGCGUGGUCUUUCCGCAAUGCAAAAGGACCCCUCCAAAGCCACCGUGCUCUACGCGCAGCCGACGCUGAAAUCCCCGCUGGCAGCCUCGCCAAGCAUCCUCCAGUCCUUCUGCGAGCGUGCGGCCGCCAUGUUCAAGGACGCCGGCCUGAUGGUGGCUGAAAAUCGGCCGCUGAAGCUGCAUGCCACCGUGGUCAACACCAUAUACGCCAAGAGUGGGCAGCGGUCUUCGAGAAGAGGCAGCGGCGGGGGUGGGAAGCGUUUCGGCAAGGACAAAGUGGUUAUAGAUGCGACCGGAAUCUUGGACCAGUUUGAGGACUACGUAUGGGCUGAGGAUCUUCAGCUGAAUAAGCUGGUCAUCUACAAGAUGGGCGCAAAGAAGAUCUGUCGAGAAAGUAUCGAUGGCGGUGAACAUGAAGAAGAGGAUGCUGCGUAUGAAGUAGAGGCCGAGGUUGAAAUAUAA